AUGGCAAGUCAAGCAAAUACACAGAAUAUUGCAUCACAAAUAGUUCGCGGUCCGAAGUUCAGUUUGGAGGAAGAUAAAGCUAUCUGCGAAGCUUAUGUAGUACUUACGCUUGAUCCAAUCAAUGGUAUUCAACAGCCACAUCAUACGCUUUGGGGAAAUAUUUUUACAAACUUUUGUCAGGAAACCGGGAAUCCAAAAGACCGUGAUGCUUCCGGGUUGUCACAUCGUUUUGGUGCAAUCAGCAAAGACAUGAACAGUUGGGUUGCUUUGAUGAUGCAGAUGAAACAAAAAAGAGGAAGUGGUGAUACCGUUGUUGAUGUGGGAAGUUGCACUUACAUAUUGAUGGAAUGGAAUGGGUGUGAUAAAAGCAAAAAAAAACUCAGAAAGGCAGCGCAAGAUGCUGCUCAAUCAUCAAUUUCAGUUGAUUUUAAGCUUCAAGAUUAUUUUGAAAAACAAGAAAAAAAUGAUGUGGAUAAAUUAGUUGAACGUAAGAAAAUGGCUACAGAAAUGAAGAAAGGUUGUAAGGAAGUUGAAAAAAAUAUUUUUAAUGCGCACAUGCGAGGAAUUGUGGAAAUGGACACUUCCAAGAUGAAUCGGGCACAACUGAAAUUCUGGCAGGAUAAAUUUAAUACAAUUCAAGUACAUAAGGCCCAGGAGCGGCCACCACCAACUAAAGGAUAUUCUUCUGAGGAAGAAGAGGUCCAUGAGGAGGAUAUCGACUACGCCAUCACAUUGUCUUAG